AUGACUCAAGACACCAGUUCUAAAAGUGUCCAGAAGCCCAGAGCAGUGUCCCCUACAACCAGCCUGCUAUCAAUGAAGAGUGAUCAGCCACCUGCUUUCAGCCAGGAACCAUUACCAGAUGACAAUAAGGAAGUGGAGAGUUUGGGCAGUCAAACCCUGCUGACAGUCCAACAAGACAUUAAGGCUAAACUGAAACACAAGUAUCAACACAUAUCUGAAGGAAUUGGACACCAUGGAAACCAAAGUCUGUUCAAGGACAUCUACACAGAGCUCUACAUCACAGAGGGUGGAAGUGGAGGGCUCAAUAAUGAACAUGAGGUUAGACAGAUAGAGAUGGCAUCCAAGAAACAAACCACACAAGAGACAUCAAUCAAAUGCAAUGACAUCUUCAAGCCUUUACCUGGACAAGACAAACCUAUCAGAACUGUGCUGACAAAAGGAAUCGCUGGCAUUGGAAAAACAGUCUCUGUGCAGAAGGUCAUCCUUGACUGGGCAGAAGGAAAAGCAAAUCAGGACGUUCAUUUCAUGUUUCCUCUUCCUUUCCGUGAUCUGAACCUGAAAAAGGACCAAUACAGUCUGAUGCAACUUCUUUCCCACUACUUCUCAGAGCUGAAAGAGAUUGACAGCAUUGAAGAUGGUGAAACCAAAACUGUUUUCAUUUUUGAUGGUCUGGAUGAGUGUCGACUUCCUCUAGACUUCAAAAACAAUGAGAAGUGCUGUGAUGUCACGAAGCCAACCUCAGUGGACGUGCUGCUGACAAACCUCAUCGAGGGGAAUCUUCUUCCCUCUGCUCUCCUCUGGGUAACCUCACGGCCUGCAGCAGCCAAUCAGAUCCCUCCUGAGUGUGUUGACCAGGUGACAGAGGUACGAGGGUUCAAUGAUCCACAGAAGGAGGAGUACUUCAGGAAGAAGAUCACAGAUCAGAAUCUGGCCAAUGAUAUCAUCAAACACAUGAAGACAUCAAGGAGCCUCCACAUCAUGUGCCACAUGCCAGUCUUCUGUUGGAUAUCAGCCACUGUCCUUGAGAUGAUACUGAAAGUGGCAGAGAAGGAUGAAGUCCCCAAAACUCUGACCCAGAUGUACUCACACUUCAUGCUCAUCCAAAUCAUUGUGAAGAACAAGAAGUACAACAAAGCCACAGAGACAAACCCAAAGGAACUGUCUCAGUCAGACAAAGAGAUGAUCCUGAAACUGGCAAAGCUGGCUUUCCAACAGCUGCAGAAGGGCAACCUGAUCUUCUAUGAGGAGGACCUGAGAGAGUGUGGCCUUGAUGUCGCAGAGGCAUCAGAGUACUCAGCAUUGUGUACAGAGAUCUUUAAAGAAGAAUCUGGGCUGUACCAAGACAAGGUCUACAGCUUUGUGCAUCUGAGCAUGCAGGAGUUUCUAGCAGCAGUGCAUGCUUUAGAAUCAUGUCUGGACAAGAAGGAAAAUGUUUUCUCCCCCACUAGUGAUGAUGAAGAGAAGGAGUCAAUCCAGUUGUCUGACUUACACGAGAGCGCAGUGGACCAGGCCUUGAAGAGUGAGAAUGGACACCUGGACCUGUUCCUCCGCUUCCUUCUGGGUCUCUCACUGGCGUCCAAUCAGAAUCUGUUACGAGGCCUUCUGACACAGACAGGAAGUACAACACAGACCAAUGAGGAAACAGUUGAGAGAACAGUCAGGUACCUUUCAGACAAGAUCAACCAGGAAUCCUCACCAGAAAGGAUCAUCAACUUGUUCCACUGUCUGAAUGAACUUGGUGCCAACUCUCUAGUUGAAGACAUGCAGACCUCCCUGCAUUCAGGAACUCUUUCAGAAACAAGACUUAAACCUGACCAAUGUUCAGCCCUGGCCUACCUGUUACUGAUGUCAGAGGAGGUGCUGGAGGAGUUUGACCUGAAGACAUACAACACAUCAGAGAAAGGUUAUCAGAGGUUGCUGCCGGUCGUGAAAACCUGCAAGAGAGCACUACUGGUUGACUGUAAAAUCACACAUGAAUCUUGUGAGACUCUUGCCUCAGCUCUGCAGACACCAAACUCCCCCCUGAGAAAACUGGACCUCAGCAACAAUGACCUGGAAGACAGAGGAGUGGAGUUGCUCUGUGUUGGACUAACCAGUCCACUCUGCAACAUACAGACACUAGUUCUAGGUCAAUGUGGUCUGACAGAGGGUUGCUGUUCAGAUCUGGCCUCAGUCCUGAGUUCACCCAACUCACAACUGAAACAACUGGAGCUGAGAGACAAUGACCUGCAGGACUCAGGAGUUACACUGCUGUCUGCUGGACUGGAGGAUCCAGACUGUAAACUACACACACUGGGGCUGUCUGGCUGUCUGGUCACAGAGGAGGGCUGUGCUGCUCUGUCUUCAGCUCUGAGGUCAAACCCCUCCCUCCUGAAAGAGCUGGACCUGAGCUACAAUCACCCAGGAGACUCUGCAGGGGGACUGCUUUCAGCUGCUCUGGUGGAUCCCACAUAUAAACCGAUGAAGCUGAAUGUGGAUCAUGGUGGAGAGUGCUGGCUAAAAUCAGGGCUGAGGAAAUAUGCCUGUCAUCUCACCCUGGACCCAAAUUCAGCAAACCCAAACCUGAUACUGUCUGAGGGGAACAGGAAGGUGACAUUGGUGGAAGAGAAGCAGCAUUAUGAAAACCAUCCAGACAGAUUUGACUAUCAUUCCCACGUUCUCUGCAGAGAAGGCUUAUCUGGAGGUCGUUAUUACUGGGAGGUGGAGAUGGAUAGGUACCUGGAUGGUGGCAUGACUGUCAUUGGUGUGGUGUACAAAGGAAUGAUGAGGAAGGGAGCUGGAGAUGACAGUCGGAUUGGACACAAUAAGGAGUCCUGGUGUUUAGUCUGCUCUGACAGUCAUUAUCACUUUUUCCAAGCUGGAGUCCGAAGGAGAUCCAUCAAUCGUCCUGAUUCUAUGAGAGUUGGUGUGUAUCUGGACUGGCCAGCUGGUACUUUGUCCUUCUAUAGUGUGUCCUCCUCUGGUACACUAAAACACCUUUACACAAGAAACACCACAUUCACUGAACCCCUCUGUCCUGGAUUUGGGUUUCUGUUUGGGGUUUACUCCUCCUCAUCCUCAGUGACCCUGUGUCAGAUAGAUGACCAACACAUUCAGAGGUGA